GAAGAUGGAUUGGGUAGCAUUGUGGGUGGCAGGUGUGUGGGCGGCAGCGAUGAUGAUGGGUGGUGGGGAGGCCUUCAGUAGUGUGAGUGUAGCUGUAGCCUGUGACACCAUGCAACCAGGACACCUGUCUCUGGGCGCCCAGACCGUCCCGUCUCCCUUCCAUAUUCACAUCACAUCCAAGGAUGACUAUUACUACGUGACGCUCUACGGAGAGAAAAAUAGGGAAUUUAAGGGCUUCAUGCUGCAAGCCAGGGACAGUAAGGGCGAGCGUGUGGGACGCUUUAUCAAGGUACAGAAACCAGGGAGGAUCAUAGACUGUUCUACUAACGAUGGUGCCGCGGUGCAACACAAGAACAGUGACCCUAAGACACAAGUGACGGCUAGCUGGGUUCCUGAGGACUUCAAAGGCCAGGUGCAAUUCAGGGCGACUGUGGUCGAGUCCUACACGACCUACUGGGUGAACCUGCUGUCUGACCCACUCACCGUCUAGCACCCUGAAUGAGCCAACUGUCUGACCCACACACCGUCUAGCAACCUGAAUGAGCCAACUGUCUGACCCACACACCGUCUAGCAACCUGAAUGGGCCAUACUGCCACUAAGAUGAGUGUCCUCUCUGAUUCCCACAUUUAAUAUGGCGAGGUAAUAGUUCUAAGGCCACUAACUGGGUUGACGUCCUCUCUGAGUACUUCACUGAAUCAAGUCAUCCCUUUUUUCUCCGUCCCUUAGCACUGCUACCCAACAAUAGCCAAUACGAGGCGGGACACACGUGUCUCCUACCACCUGCUGUCCAUGUUACCCAGCAGUAAAUAAAUACUAAAGAAUUAGCUGACUGUUGUGGUUCGCAUUCUGGGGAAUACCUAAAAACAUGAUGGCAAUACAAAUAAGCCACAAUGACCGACUUUCUUAGGGUUUCCUGGGUUACUAACCCUUCCUCCCCAUUGACGUUUUCUUUACUCUAAUUUG